AUGGGGCGGCCCAGCGGUUUCUUCCGGAGGCUAAAGGCGAAGGAGAAGCGCGCCUCCUCACGCAAGCAGCGUGGCACCAAGGGUGCAUCCAAGGAGGAGAGGCGGCGCAAGCACAAUGAGCGGGUGGAGCUGUACGCGGCGAAGCGCGAGGCGGAGCAGCUCGCGGAGGUAAGCAGCUCCAGCGACGACGAACCAUCGACAGACUCGGACGCGGAGGAGUACCGCCAGACGAAGUCGUUGCGGCGGCUGCAGAAGAUGCUGGGGGUAACUUCGUCCUCCGACCCCCAAGCCGCAUCGUAUAAGCGUUCCCGCCGGCAACCGACAUCCGCGUCACGCCGCGAUGACACUAACGCCGACGAGGAUGAGAAAGUGGAAGAUGGAUGGAACAGCUGCGGAGAUGACGACAGUGACGAUGCAAACGCGAGGGAAUCGCUCUCGACGAAAGGAAAGCAAAACCGUCGCCCACCUCCGCAGCGGCGUCGCGCUCGUCAUGAGUGUGCCCAAGCGAAAGCGAGCGCCGCGUGCGGCGACGACGACGACGCGGAUGUGGACGGCGAAGACUGGCGACUCUAUUUGGGUGCUGUCAGCGGCAGCGGUGACGACGACGACGACGACGACGAAGGUGCGGAUGGUGAGGAAGUGACGGAGCUUGGGGAGGAGACGGAUGACGCCGACAACGUCGUUGACACAGACCUUCUCAUGGACAUGGACGACAGUGGCGAUGACGGCGACAGUGUCGGCAAGGAUGAGGAAAGUGAAAACGACGACAAUCCGCUCUUCGACCUCGAGAGGAGCGAUGGAGACGCUCAAGAAGUAGACGACGAUGACGAUGACGGAGCGGAUCUCUUCGAUGAUGCGAUGAUGUACGACGGCGAGGAGGAAGACGAGGAGGAGGAGGAGGAGGGUGAAGAGCGGGAGGAUAUCUAUGUCGAUGACGAAGACGAUGACUCGGCGGCAGGGAAGGAACGGGAAACGGAUUCACAAGAGCGCCUUCUGCUGCAAAGCUUCCAGUUCAACCCAAGCACCGUCUCUAUCCUGCGGCAGUGCGGCGCUGUUGGUGAGGCUAACGGCGCGAAGGACAACAGCAGCAGUUCUGUGUUGACAGAGAGGGAUGAGUGGGUGCGCAAGUAUCAUCUCAAUUUGCACGGCGCGCUUGACGAGACACCGCUGAAGCCACUGCCAGUACCGCAUGCCGCGUUGGAGCUGCUGGCCGAGUCGAACAAGCGUCUUCAGGCGCGCGCCGCUGAACGCCUGAAGACGACUAAAGAUAAGAAGGAGUUGGGCAUCUUCUUUGCCUCUCCGGAGGAGUUCGCCGCAGUGCACCCGGAGAACGUUGCAGUACUCGCCACGGCGCACGCGCAGCAGCACCUGCUGCACGCGCCAUUUGAUGUGCAGCAGUGUGCUGCGUCACUGCCAUCGCCGUCAGCACCUCAGGCAGCAGAGCCAUGGACGGCGUGCCCACCGUACCUCCAUCCUCUGUUGUGGGAGAAGUGGGCGGCAUUCCGUGCAGGCCGAAACGUACCCACAUUUACCGCGGAGGAGCGUGGCUUGCUAGAUUUGCUGCAAGGCUACGCGGACCUGCUUGACACACUGCACUGCUGGCAGAACAGCGAGUCGCGGCGCGAAAUCUUCGCGUUGCACCUACUCAAUCACUGGUUCAAGGCCCGGUCUGUCGUGCUAGCGCAUGACACCCUCCUGGCAAAGCGCCAGGAGGCGCAGAGAAGGCGUCGCUGUCGUGACCAGCAGAAGAGGCAACGCAGACACAACGGAGGCACUCUGGACAGCGACGCCUUCUCUGCUGAUGCGAAGUGGCUCACACAGCAGAGCUCUACGAGAAACCGGGGUCGGCAGGCAAAAGGCAAGGCCCCCGUCAGUCAGCAAAACAAACCAGAGAAGGAAGUGACGAAGUCUGAUGGAAUUUGCUGUGAGGCCGACAGCGAGCAGCAAGAGCACAAUCUGGACACCGAUGACCAGGAGCUCGAGCUUCGUGACCGUGGCUUCAGCAAGACACGUUUGUGUGUGUUGUGCCCACUGCGCAACCACGCCUACAAGUUUGUCUACUCACUAGUGUCCAUACUGCAAGCCGACCCGUCCAGGUGCCCUAAGCUGGCCAUGUUCGAGCAGGACUUUACGGAGAUUGAGGAGGCCGUCGAUCCAACCUUCAAGCGGCGGCCGCGCGACUACCAGCGCGCCUUCGAGGGCAACAUCGACGACUCCUUCUGUGUAGGGUUGCGGCUGGAGCCGGAGCGGGUGCACGUCUACUCGCACCCCCUCAACAGCGACUUGCUCCUGUGCUCUCCGCUCGGCCUGCGCCGCCGUAUCGAGAAGAACGGUGACGUUCUCGUCUCCCUCUCCUCCAUCGAAGUGUGCCUCCUCGAGGACGCGCAGAUGCUCUUUCAACAAAACUGGAUGCACGUCACGGCUGUGCUGGAGUUGCUGAACAAACGCCCGACCGACACCACGCACGGCCUCUCUGAUCUGCGCCGCGUCUACGCGUGGGUGCUGGAAGGCAAGAGCGGCCGCCACCGCCAGACAAUCAUGUCGACAGAUGUAUGUAACGCGACAAUGCUGGCCACCUUCCGCACCGCCUCUGUGAACAACUCAGGGAAACUUUUGCUGCAGCGCCGCGCCGACCCCGGUGUGCUGUCACGGGUGCUAGUGCCGGUGCGGCAACACUUCAUCCGCUUCGACCCAGGCUCGCUGGCCACCGUCGACGAGGACCGCUUUGAGUUCUUUACGAAGCAGGUGUACGAGACCAAGAUCAACGCCAUGGCCGAGCGCGACGUCCGCGUCAUCAUUUUUGUUCCCUCGUACUUCGACUUUGUGCGCGUGCGCAACUACCUCCACCGUGAGUACCGUGAGAGCUACGUGGCACUGUGCGAGUACACCUCGCUAAAGCAGCAGCGCAAGGCUCUUGGGCAGUUCUCUGACCUCGAGCGCCCAGUCCUGCUCGUGACGGAGCGCUUCUACUACUUCAAGCGCUACUUUGUGAAGCUGGCAGAGGCGCUCCUCUUCUACAGUCCGCCAAUGUUCCCCGAGUACUACGCGUCCCUCGCAAACAGGCUCGUGUCGACGUCGCCGAACGCCUUCACAAUGACACUCUACUGCCGCUAUGACACGCACGAGCUGAACCGCUUGGUGGGCACGUCGCGCAUGGUCCAGUUGCUUGAGCGCGACUCCGGCGUCUUUUCCUUUGUUACCUCGUAG